UGGUUGCAUGGACCUGACCUAUAGGUAGGACACUAAAUUCUCACCGACAAGGCUCCUCUCAUUUGAACUGUAAAUAGUGAAUCAGUUGCCUGUCAAAUUUCAUUACAACAAACAAACCGUUUCCCAUUUAUACCAACAUUGUUCUCGUUCCAGUUGCAGAAGAAACUCAUCAAUGGCUGAGAAGAGAAAGAUUUUGGUGAUUGGAGGAAACGGCUACAUCGGAAAGUUCAUCGUCGAAGCAAGUGCGAAAGAGGGCCACCCCACUUUCGCUUUAGUCAGAGAGACCACCCUCUCCGACCCCGUUAAGGGAAGGAUCAUCGACAACUUCAAGAACUUAGGGGUCCAGUGGUUGAUCGGAGAUCUUUACGAUCAUGAGAGUUUGGCGAAGGCAAUAAAGCAAGUCGAUGUGGUGAUUUCGGCGGUGGGUCAAAUGCAGAUAGAAGAUCAAGUUAAGAUCAUUGCUGCCAUUAAAGAAGCUGGGAAUGUCAAGAGAUUCUCUCCGUCCGAAUUUGGAACGGACGUGGAUCUGAAUACCGCGAUCGGGCCGGUGAAAUAGGCAUUCGGAAUCAAGGCUAAAAUCCGUCGUGCUAUUGCGGCUGAAGGGAUCCAUACACUUAUGUGCCUGCUAACUGCUUUGCAGGCUUAUUUCAUAUAUAUAUAUAUAUACUCUGAAAUAUGAGUUUUCUUCGAUUAAUUACUUAAUUUACGAGA